AUGCUGUUUCGCUCAAAAAGGGGAAAUGUAUUUCAUAAGCAAGUAGUUGUGGAAGAGCCCGUGGUCGAUCCAGUUUCAGGAGACAAGGUUGAAAAAAAUGUGUUUGUGGUCUUUUAUUCUGGAGAAAGAGCCAAGAGCAAAAUACUGAAGAUAUGCGAUGCAUUUGGAGCAAAUUGCUAUCCCUUCACAGAUGAGAUUGGCAAACAGCGUCAACUGGUAACAGAGGUAUCAGGAGAACUCUUAGAACUAAAGACCACUAUAGAUAUUGGGCAGCUGCACCGGACCAAUCUGCUGCAGAGUGUUGGCUAUGAGUUUGAGCACUGGAACCUCCUGGUCAAGAGAGAGAAAUCUAUUUAUCAUAUUUUAAAUAAGCUCAGCCUUGAUGUUACAAAAAAGUGCUUUGUUGGAGAAGGCUGGUGCCCUGUUUCUGUAUCAAAUCAGAUUCAGAAUGUUCUAAAUCAAGCAACUAUGGAUAGCAAUUCACAAGUCGGAGCCGUAUUCCAGGUGCUGCAGACCAAGGAUUCGCCUCCAACGUACUUCCGUACUAACAAAUUUACUUCAGCUUUUCAGGAAAUUGUUGAUGCGUAUGGGGUCGCCAAGUAUCAGGAAGCGAAUCCCACGGUUAAUACGAUUGUCACCUUUCCGUUCCUAUUUGCUGUCAUGUUCGGAGACUGGGGCCAUGGGAUCUGCCUCUUUCUUGCAGCAUUGUACUUCAUAUUUAGGGAGGAGAAACUUUCCAGACAGAAGCUUGGUGACAUCAUGGAGAUGGCAUUUGGUGCUCGCUAUGUUGUGAUGAUGAUGGCUAUUUUCUCGAUAUACGCUGGAGUUAUCUAUAAUGAAUUUUUCUCUGUUCCUUUUGAACUAUUUGGGCGCUCAGCAUAUGACUGCCGUGAUGCAAGCUGCAGGUUGAAACUAGAAUUUGAAAAUUUCAUAUUGGAUAUUUAUUAUUUCCUGUCUGAAAAGCUUCAAUAUUUCCCUGAUAUAAUAUUUCAGCGAUGCUUACAUGUGGGGUUAGUAAAAGUGCGUGACACAUAUCCAUUCGGUGUAGACCCAAAAUGGCGUGGAACCCGCAGCGAGUUGCCAUUCCUCAACUCUUUGAAGAUGAAGAUGUCCAUUCUUUUGGGUGUUGCUCAGAUGAAUCUUGGGAUGAUUCUUAGUUAUUGUAAUGCGAAAUUUUUCAGGAAUGAUUUGAAUGUCUGGUAUCAAUUCGUACCUCAGAUGAUAUUUUUGAACAGUUUGUUUGGAUACCUUUCGUUUCUUAUAAUCGUCAAGUGGUGUACUGGUUCUCAAGCGGAUCUAUAUCAUGUGAUGAUAUACAUGUUUCUCAGCCCUAUGGAUGAUCUGGGGGAUAAUCAGCUUUUCAUGGGCCAGAAAUUCCUCCAGAUAUUACUUCUUUUAGCCGCACUAGUUGCUGUACCAUGGAUGAUGUUCCCAAAGCCAUUUAUUCUGAAGAAACAACACGAGGAAAGGCAUCGCGGUCAAACCUAUGUACCUAUUGAGAGCAUUGAUGAUGGUACAUUUGAAUUGGAAGAACCAGUGGUUUCACAUGGGCACGAGAAAUUUGAAUUUGGUGAAGUCUUGGUGCAUCAAUUUAUACACACCAUAGAGUUUGUUCUUGGAUCAGUGUCUAACACAGCUUCCUACUUACGUCUUCUUGCGCAUUCUGAGUUAUCUAGUGUAUUCUACGAGAAGGUCCUACUUCUAACCUGGGGGUACAAUAAUGUGUUUGUUCUUAUUAUUGGUGUGUUCGUUUUCAUAUGCGCGACCAUUGGCGUGCUACUAGUGAUGGAGACUCUGAGUGCCUUCCUGCAUGCCUUGCGGCUGCAUUGGCUUGAAUUUCAGGGCAAGUUUUAUGAACGAGAUGGUUAUAAAUUUUCUCCCUUCUCUUUUGCAUCAUCUUUUGAGGAGGAUGAGGAGUGA